AUGAGCCAAAGAUUUGCAAUAGCACAAGGUGAAGGUUUCAUUCUACCAAUACAGUUAUCAAUCCCGGUUGAGUGCGUAAGCAGGAAUCAAGCCGAAAAAGAAUUUCAUACAUGCAGAAAUACGGUUAAAUGUCACUGCGACGGCACAGCCUAUUGCCAGUGCCCCGAGGAUUCCCUACUCUCACUGCAGAACUCAAGUUACACCUUACCCCAUGCAAACCCCAGUGUCAGACUCGAACAGAGUGACGGAAAUGUAGCUGCAUUUACAGAUGAUGGCGAAUUCGUCAUAACUCUAGAAUCACGAGCACUAAUAAAUAACUCACAAAUUGUAGACAACAAUGAAUGCAAGCUACAGUUUAUCAACCUAACAGGAUGCUAUGAUUGUGAGGAGGGAGCUAAGCUUACUACCCUCUGCCACUCCCAAACACGUGCAGAGAUAACGGUCAUUUGCAAGAACCACGAAUUCACAGUUGAAUGCGGACCUAAUACCGUUAAGACCGAUCACUUACUAGCAUUCGAAUAUGCCUUUAUUGACGAAUCUUGUAAAACGGAUUGCUUGGCAUCGAAAAGUGAGCUUAGACUACAAGCACAUCUCCACUAUCACAUUCCUCACAAAAACUAUAACAUUGAAGACUCUCAGCACAUGCUUUCUGUCAAAAAUCAAUGGUUUGCGGAUUUUUCCAUUCCAGACAUCAUGCCUCUAAUCGAAACAAUACGAAACCACUGGAAAACUGCAACAUUCAUACUUGCCUCUACACUCACACUCGCCACCUCCACCGCCGUCGCCGUCCACCACCACCUCCGGCCACCGCUCCGCGACCGUCGCCGACACACACGGCCACGUGAUAUAAACCGCGACCACGAUGUCGCUCACAGCGGAGCUGCAGGAGGCUUUAGAAGACCUCGACCGGCUAAGCUGCUCUAUGGCGAAUUCUGCACUGUGGCUCAAAAAACGAGCGCUGGAAAACACUUGGAACUCUUGAUGGAAAUAGCUAGUGUGGCGGAGUAUUUCGACAAGCUUGAUCGGUUAAUCGACACAGCGACUUGGACAAGCGCAACAGAUGCUGCGAAACUGUUAGCCAUCAAUGAUGACCACAGCAACUUGCCGUUUCUGCAUAUAGAAGGUUACGGGUCGAGAAAAAACCGUUCUUUCAUUGAUGAUGAAGCUUUCGAUCAAGUUGCUUGUCUCCAUCUUCAAGUGAUUUACCACAUUCAUGUCACUCAGAACUAUGAAGCUGCUUACACCACACAUACUCAUAUAAUGCAAACUUUCGUCAAAGAGAUACUGCAAAAGAAGAAGGAAGUGAACUGGUUCAUGCCAAUGUUCUACCAAUUCUGCUCAGAUCUUCGCAAUGUAGCUAAGAUGGCUGACGAACUCACUGAAAAGGAUGAUGAGGUUGAAAGUGUAUCUUCCUACUAUGAACAGUCAGCUAACUACAUCAUGGAAGCAUAUAGAGCUUGUACGUCAGAUGUGAGAGCAGACCCCAGUACAACGAAGAAAAUUGCCAUUUUGAACAUGACGAAUCAAUUGUUUCGGAUAUACUUCAAGAUAAACAAGCUCAACCUCUUGAAGCCGCUUAUCCGCGCCAUAGACAAUUCAGGAGCCCUCUAUCAGUCGUUUUCCAUGGCUGACAAAGUCACUUACAACUAUUUUCUCGGUCGGAAAGCGAUGUUUGAUGCUGACUUGCCUUUAGCUGAAAAAUCUCUCUUGUAUGCAUUUCGUAACUGUCCAGCCGAAUGCCUUUCCAAUAAGAGGCUGAUCUUGAUUUAUCUGAUCCCCGUGAAAAUGUUCCUUGGUCAUAUGCCAACUGUUGAACUGUUGAAGAAGUAUCAACUGGAAGAGUUCCGCGAUGUCGUGGAGGCAGUGAAGGAAGGGAAUUUAGCGAAGUUGGAUCAAGCUCUGGAGGCUAACGAACACUUCUUCAUUCAAUGUGGCAUCUUCUUGAUGUUGGAGAAGCUGCGGGCGAUUACUUUUAGAACAUUGUUCAAAAGAAUCUCGACUAUCGUCGGCGGGCAUCUUAUCCCUCUGAAGGCAUUCUACACUAUCAUUCAAUAUCUUGGCGUUACCGAUGUAGAUGAAGAUGAACUGGAAUGUAUAGUAGCGAACUUGAUUGCAGAGAAAAAGAUCAAGGGCUACAUCUCACAUCAACACCAAAAGUUGGUCAUCAGCAAGAAGGAUCCAUUCCCUCCACUCUCAUCGAUCUAAGAUCUCGAGUGUUUGUCUGUCUUCGCUUCAAAUCAGCUACGGAUUGCCAAGAUUUGACAGUGCGAUUAUGAAUACCUGUCAUUUUUUGUGGUGUGAUUUUCCUCACUCUUUCCUUACAGUUUGUUACCAGUGUCUUUGAUUGCGAUGAGGUUCUUUUUCAUCUCAUUCAUCAUUUAUUUUUUAUUUACGCUCUCUGCAACAUAAACGGGUAUAGCAUAUUGGACAUCUGGAUUUUAGUGUACGACAAUGUAUUACACAAUCCAGUCUUGUGAAAAAUGUUUCAAAUAUUCUCUUUCUUGCUCAGUUCUUUGUAUGAUAUUUCAUUGUCGUAUGGCGUUUGUUCACAUUCCACAUCGUAUGACACUGUCCCAUCAACGUGUGAAAUUAUGUGAUUCAGAAUAAUUAUGAGGUGUUUGUCACUUAUCACUGCCCGCAAACACCGGCAGCUCAGUUCUAUAGCUCUAUUCUCAAAUUAAAACGGGAUUGAAUAAAACUUUGAUUUUG